AUCACAAUAAAUUAGUGGCUGCAGUCAACACUCGACGAGGCUUUGAAAAUGGUUUCUUUUACGUAUAGAGGAUUAUGUGCACCAGUUUUCACAAUAUUCAAUAAAGAUUUAUCGGUCAAUGUAGCAGCCAUACCAGAAUAUGCAAAAUUCUUGGCUAAGAAUGGAAUCGAUGGAGUUUUGGUACAUGGAACAUCAGGGGAAGGUGUUUCAAUGACUGUCUCAGAAAGAAAAGCCGUCGUAGAAGUAUGGGCGAAGGUAGUAAAGGAAACCAAACAACAUUUAAUGGUGCAAGUUGGAGGAUGCCCAUUACCAGAUGCUGUAGAAAUGGCCAGGCAUGCUGAAUCCGUCGGUGUUGGUUCCUUACUUUGCCACUCUGAAUUAUUCUUUAAACCAACAAACUCGACUGAACUAGUGAACUAUUUGAAACAUGUUGGAGCUGCUGCACCAAAGACGCCGUUGUUAUAUUAUCACAUUCCUGGAUGGACAGGCAUUAACAUUAAUAUGGAAAAGUUUAUAAAAGAAGCACUGGAGAAAAUUCCUACCUUUAGAGGAAUUAAAUAUACAUCUACAGAUUUAGAAGGAGGCAUUGCAGCUCUUAGGGCAAGCGAAGGCAAAAGUGCGGUGUUUUUAGGAGCAGACACAUUAUUAGCAAGCGCAUUUGGUAUGGGAUUUGACUCCGCUAUCGCUACCAGUUUAAACAUGAUGCCCCAGCACGCAGUUAAAAUUGUUAAAGCAAUUAAAGAGAAUAACAUUACCGAAGCAAAGAGAUUGCAAAAUGUUUUAACAGAUGCCGUUAACAUUGUUAUUAAAGAUGGUGCUUGGGUACCUACCAUGAAGGUAGCGAUGAAUCUUUUGACACCUAUCAACGUUGGCCAAAGUAGACCACCACUUGUAAAUCUAACCCAGGCACAAAUCGACGAUAUGGAACAAUCAUUGAAGAAAUUAGGUCUUUUAUAAGCUUAUCUUUCAGAAUUUUUGUUAUUGUUAUUAUUAAAUAAAGAAACUGACAGCC